GUGAGAGGAGCAGUGAGAGGUGCAGGUGCAGGCCCAAGGAGAGGGCAAGGUAGAGGUGUAAGAAUGCGUGGUGGUGGCAUUCCAAGGGCUGCAAGAACAGUAGUCAGUGAUGAAAUUCGUGCCACUAUCAUUGACCAUGUAAUCAACCACGGUCUCUCACUAAGAGAGGCUGGUGAAAGAGUCCAACCCAAUUUGAGUCGGUCAACGGUUGCCUCCAUUAUUCGCAUCUUUCAACAAACCAACAGAAUGCAACGUCUUCCACCCUCUGGGGGAAGAGGAAAGCUCCCCAAUAAUGAUCAAGAGCUUGCCAUUGUAGAAAUGGUUGUUGCAAAUAAUGCAAUUAAACUGCAUGAAAUCAAAACUAGAAUUGUGGAGGACCAUGAGAUAUUUGCCAAUAUAGAAAGCAUCAGCAUCAGUGGGAGAGUCAAGGAGCUACGACGACAAUAUGUCCAGAGAGUUAUGGAAUUGGAAGCCAACCAGGCCCCUCAUGAAUUCAUUUACAUCGAUGAGGCAGGAUUCAAUCUGUCCAAAAGGCGUCGACGUGGACGAAAUAUAAUUGGAAAAAGGGCCACAGUUGAUGUGCCAGGACAGAGAGGGGCAAACAUUACUAUGUGUGCAGCAAUGGCAAAUACAGGAUUACUCCUUCACAGAUGCCAGGUUGGACCUUAUAAUACUGAGCGCCUCCUUGUGUUUCUUAAUGAUCUCCACCAGCGCCUGGUACCAGAGCAGGGUCAGGAGGGUGAAAACAUGAGGACCUUUGUAAUUACCUGGGACAAUGUUGCUUUCCAUCAUUCACAAGCAAUAACAGCAUGGUUUGAAGUCCACCCAGUACUGGUGAGUCUCUUCCUUCCACCAUAUUCACCUUUCCUCAACCCCAUAGAGGAGUUCUUUUCUGCAUGGAGGUGGAAGGUUUAUGACCAUCAGCCACAUGACCAGAUGUCCCUACUUGAAGCCAUGGAUGCUGGAUGCAGGGAUAUCACAGUUCAAGAUUGCCAAGGGUGGAUCCGACAUACCAAGCAGUUUUAUCCCAGGUGCAUCGCCUUAGAUGAUAUCAGAUGUGAUAUUGACGAAAACAUGUGGCCUAACCCUGAAGAUCGCAGGGAUUAGAUACAUAAAUUUUGUGCCAUUUUUAGUUCCCCCCCUUUUUAUUUGGGCUUUUUGCUGUUUUUUUUUGGUCAGAAUGCUCUUGUGUUUCAUG